UUACUGUCUGACUGUGUCUCUCUCUCCCUGUGUUGUAGCUGAGUUGAAUGAAUGUUACUGUCUGACUGUGUCUCUCUCUCCCUGUGUUGUAGCUGAGUUGAAUGAAUGUUACUGUCUGACGUGUCUCUCUCUCCCUGUGUUGUAGGUGAGUUGAAUGAAUGUUACUGUCUGACGUGUCUCUCUCUCCCUGUGUUGUAGGUGAGUUUAUCAAGGCGUUGUAUGAGUCAGAUGAGAACUGUGAGGUGGACCCGUCCAAGUGUUCGUCCAAUGACCUGCAGGAGCACCAGAGCAACCUGAAGAUGUGCUGUGAGCUGGCCUUCUGCAAGAUCAUCAACUCCUACUGUGUGUUUCCACGGGAACUCAAGGAGGUGUUUGCAUCGUGGCGACAGGAGUGCAGUAGCCGGGGGCGACCGGACAUCAGCGAGCGUCUGAUCAGCGCAUCUCUGUUCCUGCGUUUCCUGUGUCCGGCCGUUAUGUCCCCGUCACUUUUCAACCUGAUGCAGGAAUACCCUGAUGACCGCACCGCACGCACACUCACACUCAUCGCCAAGGUCACGCAGAACCUGGCCAAUUUCGCCAAGUUUGGCAGUAAGGAGGAGUACAUGUCCUUUAUGAACCAGUUCCUGGAACAUGAGUGGACCAACAUGCAGCGCUUCCUGCUGGAGAUCUCUAACCCAGAGACCAUCUCUAACACAGCAGGGUUCGAAGGUUACAUAGACCUGGGACGGGAGCUGUCCACCCUGCACAACCUGCUGUCAGAGGUCGUCUCUACCAUGGACCAGAGCUCCGCCUCCAAGCUAGGCCCCCUACCCAGGAUCCUCCGGGAGGUGAACACAGCGCUGACCAACCCGUCCAGCAUGACCAUGAACAUGACCGCUCCGUCCUCCUCUGACCGUAUGGGGUCACCGCCCAACGCCGGGGCAGGCUGCAGCAUCUCCACCGGCCUGCAGAAGAUGGUCAUCGACAAUGACCUUUCAGGGUUGGUGGACUUCACCCGGUUACCCUCCCCCACCCCGGAGAACAAGGAACUCUUCUUUGUCACCAGGAAUGCUGGGAUCCAGCCCACCCCGGCCCGCAGCUCUAGCUACUCUGAAUCCAAUGAGCCCGACCUGGGCAUAACCAACGGCAGCAAGAGCCUGUCCAUGGUGGACCUCCAGGACCCCCGCAGCUUAGAGAGUGGCCCAGGCCCUGGCCCCUCAGACGGCCUGGGAGAGGGCAUCGUUCCUGGGGGAGUGUGGUCGGCCCGAACCCCCCAGGGGAACAUCACUGGAGGUCCUACUCUGAGAAGGCCCGUCCAGACCCCCACCACCCCCGGAUCGGAGAGCGCACCAGGCAGACCUGCUCAGCUUCUAGCCCCCCUGUCCUUCCAGAACCCCGUCUACCAGAUGGCGGCAGGGCUGCCCUUGUCGCCGCGGGGCCUGGCCGACUCGGGUUCUGAGGGCCACAGCUCCCACAGUUCCCAUAGCAACAAUGAGGAUGGGCCAGGAGGAGGAGGGGGGAUACACAACUCCUUCCUGAACCAUGGAUUAGGAGUUGGGGGGAGCAGCGUGGAGGAGUAUGCCCGUCGUUCGGGGGAGUACAUAGGCACGCGGAGGCAGCUGUCACUCACAGAAGCCCAGCACCAGCCCACCGUGCCCAGACAAAAUAGCGCCGGCCCCCAGCGCAGGAUAGACCAGCCCCCUCCACAGACCACCGUCACCAGGGGCCGCACGCCCCCAAACCUGCUGAACAGCGGGCCCUACCCGCGCCCCUCCAGCAGCAGCAUGAUGUCAUCCCCCGACUGGCCCAGCAACGGGGCGCGGCUACGGCAACAGUCAUCGUCAUCAAAAGGAGACAGCCCAGAGACCAAGCAGAGAGCCCAGCACAAACAGGCCCCCUCCCCAGUGAAGCCCAAUGCGCUGGACCGUACGGCUGCCUGGCUGUUGAAUAUGAAUGUUCAGUAUGUAGACCAUGAGGGGAUGGACCCCGAGUCCAGAAACAGAGAGGAUCUCACUCAGGCCGAGAAGUACCAGCAGGAGAUCGUGGUCCUCCAGGAGAAGCUGCGUGUGUCGGUCCAGAAGCUGGAGGAGUAUGAGGCUCGUCUGAAGGGUCAGGACGACGGUGCUCAAAAGGUUCUGAUGGAGUACCAGGCACGGCUGGAGGAGUCUGAGGAACGCCUGAGACGACAGCAGGAUGACAAGGACCUCCAGAUGAAGGGUAUUAUAAGCAGGUUAAUGUCGGUGGAAGAGGAGCUGAAGAAAGAUCACAAUGACAUGCAGGCUGUGGUUGACUCCAAACAGAAGAUCAUUGAUGCACAGGAGAAACGUAUAGCGUCUCUGGACACGGCCAACGCCCGUCUGAUGAGUGCCCUGACCCAGCUGAAGGAGCGCUACAGCAUGCAGACCCGUAACGGCAUCUCCCCCACCAACCCCACCAAGCUCCAGAUCACUGAGAAUGGAGAGUUCAGGAACAGCAGCAACUGCUAGAGUCAGAGAGAGAGAGAGAGAGUGUGUGUGUGUGUGUGUGUGUGUGUGUGUGUGUGUGUGUGUGUGUG